CUCCCGUAACCUUAGGAAGGCUCAUAAUUCCUAAAAAGGAAACCAGAAGCGGAUGUUUGCAUUGCUUGCAUUGCAAUAGUAGCUAGACCAUGUGAUCGAUCGUGAUGAGUUUAAGCUAAAUUCAACGGACAUUAGAUACGCGUUUUAUUGUCCCACCGCGUGAAGUGAUACUGAGAAGGCUGUCGAACCCUUUUGGCUCACACUCCGUGGUGCGUCCUGUUGAUUAUUGUAUUUGACCCCAAGCGCUACGCUACUGAUCAGUGAUCAUAACUUCGCAUCCAGCAAAGUGGACGGACUGGUUCUCACGAUGGAGAAAUUGUGUUAUCUUACGCGUGUUUUAUUUGCGCUAUUUGUCAUCAUUGAUCACUUGUGGUUGGUCAGGAGUUACGCACAAGAAUAUGUUACUGACGAAAGCUGUAAAAUAAAGCUCAAAUACGGCGAAACUAUCGAGCUCAAGCACACAGAUUACGUGAUGAAAAUAGGUUCCCGGAUCAAGCUAAAAUGCGCGCCACUACCAGAAAAGAAGACGACGGUGGAGUGGUUCAAGAACGGCGAGGUAUUGCGCACGCGCGAGGGACGCAUCAUCGCAAGAAAGAAGAAGAAGCGAAAGAACCAGCGACUUAUUAUCCGGGAUAUCAAACCAUCAGAUGAGGGUUGCUAUAGCUGCUAUGCACCACGUGACGGAGGACUGAAGCUCAUUAAGUCCUGGAAGCUGUUUGUGGAGAGGGAAAAGGUCAAACCACCACCUGUAUUACGUCGGGUCACCCGGACGCACAAUAAACACUGCGGCAAACCAAGACCAAACCAAGUGAGUAGAUGCCACACCUUUGCAGAGUGGACCCAUCCGCUAUGUAAUACCUUCCCCGGCAUGCCUCAGCACCUGAGAGCUAUAUCAUUUCUCGAUAAAGGGAACCCUGUGGUACAGAUCACGUGGGAGCCACCAUUAAAAGGGUAUGAGCAUGCCUGGGGUUACCACGUGCACUUGCUCAGUAUGACAGAGAAGCGAUGCUUUUACACAUGCAUACAGAUCAAUACACGAGAUGAGCGUUUAUACUGGACCUUUACCAAAGAUGUCCUGCCUGACACUACCUAUCGGCUGUUUGUCCAGUCUCUACCUGCAAUGCAUUAUGGGAACAGGAAGAACAUCGCCUCCGUGAAAGUCCGAUCAGCCACAAAAGCACCUACAGAAGAAGACAACGAGGUCGCAUUUGCAUUAUACGCGGCUCGAGAUAUCACGCAAAGAAGCUAGACAAGAAUAGAGCCACCGUGAUAUCUGCUCCAGCGAUCACUGUAACUGGCAGAUACCAUAGAGAACUCAUACGUCACACGACGCCCCAUUUCACAAUCGACAUUGAUAUUGGACCGACAGACUAUUUUAUAUUUGAAGGGGGGGAGUGCUAUUUCUUUUAUCCCGGACCGUUUUGCUGCUCCAAUUUUUUCCCGAAGAUUAUGGCUAUUUUUUCUGCCAGUCUUUGCUUGCUCGAUCUUUAAGGGAUCUUUUUUUGGGAAAAUCAGCCAUCUCCCCGUGGAAUAUCAAAUGGUCCGUCCUUAAAAUAGAUAGUGUCCUGCGGAUCCGACCUUUCUGUCAGGAUUCGAGACUGACUCUAAGAACGGCUGCGAAGAGGACUAUAAAAUAUGUUAUGCAUCAUUCGUUUUACACCAAACUUUAAGGCCAUUGGUUUGCCCACCCCCCACCCCCUGUCAGAAAGCCAUAUGUAAUAAAAAAUUACCCCCUCCCCCCUGAGACACCCCCUUCCUCCUUUAGCGAAAAGCUGAAAGGGUGUUGAAAAUAUUUUGCAACAUCUAUGGUCAGGGCCGUAGCAAGAUGAGGCACCGGGGAUAUGUGCUCUCCCUCCCCUAAAAUGUUUCCAAAAAUGGAAUGACCAGUAGGGGCGGUACCCCCUCACCCAAUAUUUUCUUCCAUGGACUGCUACGGCUCUGAUGGUUCCUGCACUCUCUAUGUUAAAUUUGAUAACCUUUACUUUGAAUUUUGUUUCAUUCUUAGGCUUAUUGUAUGUAGCCUUGAUCUAAAGCCUCGUACGUACUGUUGUUUAGUACUGACCUAAGGGAGGGGGGGUUAGUGGAGAGGCACGUGACCCCAGUGCACUAUUCUCUGAUGUUAUGUCACGUCAGUAAGGGAUCUAUUAAAAGUGGCGUCCACACGUCUAGUUUGUACAUACACAUUUGACAUUUUUUUAACCAUGUUGGCUUGACAUGGCGGAAAAACAUGACAUGACGCUUCAAAUAAGUAAUUUGUGUUUUGAUACAAGAAACCUAUAGCCAUUGUAAGAAAUUGUGUCUUCUUACUUGAAUUGCGCGUUUUCCAGGUUUUUCCGUCAUGUCUGUUGGCUUUGGAAGAAUAAAAAAGUUACUUGAAAACCUUUAGUAAUAAUGUGUCCAAGUUGUAAAUUGCAUUUUAUUAAUAAAAGUGGCUGAUAUUGGUA